AUGACGGUGCCGGUGAACCGCCAACGAGCUAAGAAGCCCAAGACGAGGACAGGCUGUCGGACAUGCAAACGUAUCAAAUGCGAUGAGGCGCGGCCGGCCUGCCGCAAGUGCAGCUCUUCUGGCCGAGAAUGCGGCGGCUACGAGGUGCCUGCUGCACACCUCCCUGGGAGCGAGUGCAUCAAGCGGCCAUUAUUGCCCAUCAGCCGUUCGUAUGACUACGCUCCGCUCUUCGUGGCCAAGCGAACGAUUGAGCCUUCCAGUCCAUACGCAGCACGGGAAUGGUAUGCUGUAGACUUCUUCCGUGGCCAGUCAGUGUUCCAGUUGCCGGGCUGCUCUAUGGUGAACUCCUGGGAGACAUUGGCCUUGCGACUCAGCCAUUCGGAACCUGCCAUCCGGUCAGCGAUCAUAGCCCUCGGCUCCAUGCAUCGUGCUAGAGGUUUGGAGCCGCCUAACAAAACCUCACCGACUCUUGAGCCCGAGCAGUAUAGCUUCGCUCUUCAGCACUACGCUCGAGCGGUCUCGGACGUCCAGAAAAGGCUCACCUGCGCCAGUCCUGGGCAGAGGUCCGAGAAUGUUGAAGUCACCCUCCUGGCUUGUUUGAUGUUCAUGACAUUCGAACUGCUGCAAGGCUCGUAUGGCGUCGCAUUGCAGCAUAGAGCUAUUGGUGUCAAGAUCCUCGGCGAGCAUGUGGCAGGGUACUCUCGAGAUACUGGAAUUCGACCUAAAAUCCGUCUGAAACCACGGCCGAGCUCUGCCAUCGACAUUCUCUCACAAGCCUUCGUUUGUGUUGACUACGACCUCUCGAUGUCGGGAAGCCUGGUGCCGGAGCUAUAUGCCACUAUCGAGGACCAGUCCUCACCACCCGCGUUCGAGACGCCGGAUGAAGCCAGACUCCAUCUCAAUGUCCUGGUGAACUCAGUUUACAGGGUUCGAUCACAGCUGGAGGAAAUGGCAAAGCAGGAGAUGAUCAAAAACCGCAUCAUGCCUCUAAAACUCUACGAGACCGACCGAGGGUGCUGCUGGAAUCAAAGCAGGAGCCUGAGGAUAACUCUAGACGACUAUCCCGAGCUUGAGGCCAGUAUGUCUGCUGUGGAGGGAGAUAUCGCAGGCUGGUCAUCGAGCUUUGCUUGCAUGCCGCCGCCCGUUGGAGAGGCGGAGAAGGCGUUGCGGAUGCUACUUCAGAUACAGUUCCUGCAUGCGUGGGUGUUAACAGCUACAUGGCGCAGCGCCCCCGAGACUCGAUACGACCGCUUUUUGCCCGUCUUUAGCAACACCGUUAACAACAUCGAGCACCUACUCACCCUCCGCCCGAAUCCCGAACGCCCUGACAUCGAACAACAACAAGGCGAAGGAUCCGUCUGGCGCCUCAUCGGGCGCGGCACCGGCAGCAUCCUGGCCCUUCACCUCAUCGCCACCAAAUGCCGAGACUCUGCCGUAAGAUGGAAGGCAGUCUCGCUACUCGACCGGAUCAAGCUCCAGGAGGGGCUGCUUUCAAGCGUCCUCUUGGCACCUUGUACUGAGCAAGUCGUCGUGCUGGAGGAGCAGUGGGCGAGGCGUAUGAACGGCAUGUCCGAGAAGGCACCGCUGAGAUGUAGCGAUGUGCCGGAGGAGGCGAGGAUCAUUGAGGUUUCGAUUAAUGCUAAUUCUUCGAAUCUGGGUAUUGCUGGGCUGGUGUAUUCCACCUGCUCACCAGAGUGGCCUGGAUUUGUCAUGGAUGAGCAUUGGUUCUCAGUGGUGAAGACGGAGGCUUAA